CCAGAGCUGCUGGAGGACCUGUCCGAGAGCCGGGAGUGCGUCAACUGCGGCUCCAUCCAGACGCCGCUGUGGAGGAGGGACGGCACCGGCAACUACCUGUGCAACGCCUGCGGGCUCUACACCAAAAUGAACGGCCUCAGCCGGCCCCUUAUCAAGCCCCAGAAGAGAGUGCCCUCGUCCCGGCGGCUGGGCUUGUCCUGUGCCAACUGCCACACCACGACCACCACCCUGUGGCGCAGGAACGCCGAGGGCGAGCCCGUCUGCAACGCCUGUGGCCUCUACAUGAAGCUCCAUGGGGUUCCCCGACCUCUUGCUAUGAAAAAAGAAGGAAUUCAGACCAGGAAGCGAAAACCUAAGAACAUAAAUAAGUCAAAGGCAUGCUCUGGUAACAGUACUACUGCGGUUCCUAUGACUCCAACAUCGACGUCUUCUACUAACUCAGAUGACUGUAGCAAAACCGCUUCUCCCAGCACACAGACUGCAGCCUCCGGG